GUGACAGGGAGUAUGGAGCUACUGACAGUAUGGAGGAAGAACUGUGACAACAAGAGGAGAAAUAAUUCUGAAUGAGAUUGUUGAUGUUAAUACCCCUCUUGGUCCCCUCCUGUAAUCUAAUGGAAACAGUAUCACAUGUCCUGCAACUGGCCUAAUUACAUUUCAUUAGUGACUUAACUCCAGCGUGUUUUUCUAUUUUGAAACAUGUGACAUCUGAGCAGAGUAAGUUGUGCAAUAGCAGAGCAAAGCCAGCUGAAGCACUGCCCAUUUCACCUGUGGAUGAAGCGGAGAUAAGGAAAUGUGAACAUGUCAGCGAGUGUGGAACGGAAUCCAAAUGCACUUGCUGAACUGUGAGGGAUGAGUUGAUGGAAACAUCAGAGAGGAUGUUUGACUGGGACGAGGAGUGGAACAUCUCUUUUGCAGGCUGUGGCUUCAGGAGUGUUUACUACCUGGGAGCUUUGAGCUGUAUCCUGGAGCGCGUCCCACAGCUGGUUCACGGAGCCUCUAAGAUCUGUGGAGCCUCAUCUGGUUGUCUGGUGGCUGCAGCUCUGACGGUUGGGAUUCCCAUCGAGCAGUUCUGUGCUGAUGUUCUGACCCUGGCCAAAGAGGCCAGAAAACACACUCUGGGAGUUUUCCACCCGACCUUCAGUCUGCUGAGGACGGUGAGGGACUCCCUGCUGGAGAAGCUCCCAGCAGACGCCCACCUUCGGGCCUCCGGAAAGCUCUGCGUGUCCCUCACCAGACUGGCUGAUGGGAAGAACGUUUUGGUGUCAGAGUUUGACAGCAGAGAGGAGCUCAUUCAGGCUCUGAUGUGCAGCUGCUUUUUCCCUGUUUACUGUGGUUUCAUCCCACCUUCAUACCAUGGAGUGCACUACAUGGACGGAGCCCUGAGCAACAACAUGCCUCUGUUCGAGCAGAGAAACACCAUCACUAUGGCCCCGUUCUCCGGAGAGAGCGACAUCUGCCCCAGAGAGGGAACCUUCAACUUCUAUGACGUUCACUACGGCAACGUGGGCAUCCAGGUCAACACCGGCAAUGUGCAUCGGGUCUGUACGUCCUUCCUCCCUCCCAGACCUGAGAAGCUGGCUGAGAUCUGUCAUAACGGCUACAUGGAUGCUCUUCAUUUCCUGAGAGAAAGAGAUCUGCUUGGAACGCAGAGUCUUCUGCCCAGUUUGAAGGCGGAGACGGACGCAGUGAAACCUGCUUGUUGUGAGCGGGUGAAGGAAGUGGCUCAAGCGGAAGAGUCCAAGAGGACACUGUUGAAUGGACAAAACCCUCAUCGGGAAGAUCAUUGGUGGCUGGGCCUUACUGUCACAGAGGGUCUACCAGCAGGCAUAAAGAAAGUGCUGUGUGAGGCGUGUAGGGACCGUCACCAUGGAGACACUCGGAGGUCUUGGGUCACUCACUUCCUUCCAGUGAGACUGAUGAUGUGUCUUCUGACCCUCCUCAUGCUGCCCGUUGAGAUGACCCUCUUACUCACUAAAAGUAUAUUAUCACUGUUAACGUCGACCUCCGACCUCAGCGAAGGAAAGGACCCCAACAGCAGCUCCUCUAACUCAGAGCUCAGAGCUCAGACCGGAGGAGACAAAAACAUCAAACCUUUGACCUCAACAAUCGCCCCAACGUCCAACAAAACUCUUCAUUGGGACAACAACAUUAACCUGGACCUCAGAAAAAGACUGUUUAGAACCACAAAUGUAAACCCUUUUAUGAAUGGAAUAUAAUAUGCAGCACUUAUGUCAGAUCAAUCAGAAGUAGAGUAGCUCUACUGAUAUAUAUAUUUAUGAUUUUUUGUUACCUUUUUGUGUAGAAGAAGAAAUGCUUGUUUAGAUUUGUGAAAUCAAAGUUUACGAGCAUAUCUUGUUGUUGAAUCAUUCCAGGGACUUAAUUUGAAUCGGUAAGAAAAGCAAAGCACAGUUGGUAUCCAGGGUUAUCUGCUGUGUUCAGCUAUUUCAUUACUGAUAUUUGGUUUUCAUCUAGAUUGCAUGAAAGUAAAUAUAAAGCCUUUUUUCUACAUUCAACAAAAUAUUUGAAGUGAUAUGACCCCGCUGUUGUUCUAUUUCACAAUUUCAUUGUUACAGAAACAUUUUUAUAGGAUGUUGUGAGUUGAGAAGGUAUCAUACAAACCCUAGCAUGAAAAGAUUUUUCUUUUCUUUUCAGAAGAUUUGAAUGUUUUUUUUUUUUUUACAUUAUCCAUCUAUUAAGUGACUUGCAGGUGCAGGUACCUUUUGUUUUGUAGUAAAGCAGAGCAGUGACGAGCUCCUAUGUAAUGCUAGAAAGUUCUUGAGGCACUGAAAUCUUCACUAGCAGCCGAUUUUGACUUUUGACUCCGAUUCCUCUUCAGUUUGUUUAAAAGCACGCUAACCCCAUGACAGCAGAGCAAGUAUGACAUAAAUGACUUAACCUGAAAGGUUGGGGCUGAAAUUAAAGGUCCAGUUUGUAGGAUUUAGUGGCAUCUAGCAUAAAGCCUUUCAAGUUGGGUUCGUCCAUUCUGGUCUACUGUAGAAACAUGCCGAGGACCCGCUCCGAUAUAAACACGUCCUUCAAAAGGUGACAAAAACACUACUCUUAUUUCUGGUGAUCAUACUUUGGAGAAAACAUGCUUAUUAAAUAUAUUACAUUUCUGCAAACAGAAUCCUGACAGGGUGCUAACUUUGCAAACCAUGUUACCCGUUUCAGAAUCUAGUGCACAACCUUUGUUGCACGUCAGCUCUUGUCAUUUAUGUUGUUUUCUUUUCUUAUUUAUUCUCUACA